UAUCCUUUGUUGUAUCAGCAUACCUUACAAAGAUUGUCAUCAUAGUAGUACUUUCAUUUUACACUAAGCUAGUCAGUCUCUACUAGUGUGACAUAACUAGAGACAUGAUCAUCAAGUCUACUGUACGUCCAAUAGAAGAGAGACUGCUCCAGUAAGCCUGGAUGAACGGCAGCAGCACACACACCCACAAAACUGCCUUUGAGUUCAAGAUUGAGUUUUUAAUUUCCAGUCCAGAUAGUGCAAGAGUACUGAGAGAUCCAAGCUAUAUAAGCUACAUACAAAGCCUCUUUGAGGUGUCUGUGUCGACUCCCGGAACACAGACGCCCAGAGGAGAAUGGAUCGCUUUGAGAGGGAGGCAAGAACACACGGCCAAAGCUAAGAAAUACAUCUUAGCGUUGUGCAGUCCGGAGGUACGAGUGGAGGCGUGCAGACACCCUAGCUUCGCUCAGUUCCUGUUUGGUGGAGAGGGUAGGAAGGUGCGCCGAAAGUUAGAGAUAGAAAAUCAAGCUGUGCUAACUUGUGGAGCUGAUGGAGUAGUCCUCAUACAAGGAGCUGAGAAUGACGUUUAUGCUACCAAUACUAAACUUUUGAGCUUAAUGGGAACCUUCCCAAAUGGGCACAGUCUGCGAUAUCUUCCUCCCUCAACCAAUCCCCAACCAAUGACCAAUGGAGAAACUUUGUAUAAUCAUAAGCCACCUAUGAGACAGGAGAUGAUUCCAUCGCAUGAAGCAGCACGCUAUAACUCUGUGAUUGCUAGAGGCGGAGAUCCUGGGAGGGAGAAAAGAAUACAAUAUUUUGUCGAUCUCGGUUACUCGAGAGAUAUGGUGGAGACAGUGUUGUGUAGUUUGUCCGAUGCUGCUGAUGAUGUGGUACUCAAUAGAUUGGUGCAGUGUACCCCCCAACAACCACGGUUACCAGGAGGAGUGGUUGACCCGCUCCCUGCACGACCUGUGAAUCCAGAGCUACUUAGACACAUUGUCAUUGAUGGAAGCAACGUGGCUAUGAAACAUGGCAACGGUCAUAACUUUUCUUGCAAGGGCAUACAACUAGCUGUUGACUACUUCAAAAGAAGAGGCCAUCCAAAGAUCACCGUGUUUGUACCGGAGUGGCGGAAAGAAGCGUCUACUCCAGACUUCCCUAUCACUAAUCAGCAAAUACUGCACUCACUGGAGCAAGACGGUCACCUCAAGUAUACUCCCUCGAGGCGAAUAGAGGGUCGACGUAUUGUUUGCUAUGACGAUCGAUUUAUUAUCAAGCUAGCAACAGACGAACAAGGUGUCAUUGUGUCCAACGAUCAAUACAGAGACCUUGUAAGAGAGAAGGCUGAAUGGAAGGAAAUCAUAGAAACAAGACUACUUCAGUUUACGUUUGCCAACGAUUACUUCAUGCCUCCGGACGACCCCCUUGGGAGGAAUGGCCCCACACUCGACCAGCUGCUGUCCAAGGAUCCUCAGAUAUCUGGUCAGACAGCAAGAGGAAAAAAACUACCACCAGUACCAGGACAACAACCGUGUCCAUUUGGCGAGAGAUGCACGUUUGGCAGAAAGUGCAAGUAUUGGCAUCCUGAUAGAGAAACGUCUAGUUCCAACCCCUCGACUGCAAGCCACACCCCCUCUACCUCUAGAAGCCCCACCCCUUCUCCAAGUCCCGAUAAGCGACAUAUAGUACGAUCAAGAGAGGACCUUGUCAAACCCAGUGUUUACCAUGAGAAUCAAAUAUCUUUGCCUGAACUGAAUGAUCAAAUGUCCCAAAUGUCGAUGAUCCACAAUCGUCCGGAGUCCAUCAAUUUACAGCAGUACCCUCCGCAAAUGAUGAGGUCCAAUCCCAACCUACCAACUCCACAAGACCCCGCCCUAUUAUCAGGGUACGAGGGGGUACAUCAGGAGAGGCGUCAGCUCAACCACACAUUCCCUCUACUAACGCUGCCUGCACAACAGGGCUACGAUCGACGGUAUACUGAGGACUUGACUCGUCAAGCCGUCACACCCUCACGCCUUCAGAGCAGAGCUCAUACCCAUGAGCACGAGUACCAGUACGAGCAGCCUCGGCACUUGACAGGCUUCCCUGGACCACACCCACCUCCUGGAGGCUAUGGAAAUCUUGUACCACGCGACGGAGGCACUGGGAGAGGUGUCCCAUCGUAUUCACCCCGUCACUACCCUCAUCCCCCACUCACCCAAUCAUACUCGCACCAUCAGCUCGUCCCAUCCCCACAGCCUCCACGGCUACGAGCUUACGGUGACCAUGCCCCCCUCUACGACGAGACAGUGUUUCGGAAGGCCCUUGCCGUGUUGCCUGGUUGUGAGGACCGAUUACGUCGAGUGUUUAAUCAAUACCCGAGAAUCAGUAACUAUGAGGAGGCGGUGGAUUUGGCCCGGAGAAUAGACUGAAGUGAAAUUGAAGAGUGGUUUGUUUAUAUAUUGUCAAGCAAAUAGCAAGAACAUCGUGAGCACUUUAAUUAUAUGUUAUUUCGUUUUUCGUUUGAAUGUUUGGGAACAAAAAGUUAUCAUUCUGGGAAAUUCAGUUUUUUUGUUUCGUGUUCUUUGAUUAACCGCUCCAGUCUGUUGUGUGUGUGUGUGUGUUUAUAUGUGUUUGUGUGUGUCGUUGGCUGCUAGGCAGCUCUGACAGUGUUUAGAUUGCAUCAAUCGUUCACUCAGUUCAGUCCAAUAGACUGGCUCUCUCCAUUCUAUCAUCUCUCUGUGUGAAAUGAACUUAUUAUAUUAUUUGUUGUGCUGAUAUAAUGUGCAGUUGUUUUUAAAAUAUGAAUUUAUUGAACCAUUUAUAAUUAUUGUGAUAACAA